AUGGAGGCUUCAGGCGCAGAUAAGGGCUUCUUUCAGAAGCCUCCCGUUCUGAACAACCAGUUUCAUGAUGAUGUGACCUUUCAGAGGUGCUUCAAGUUGUUUCUUCCACGGCAAAUCGUCCAGCAAGUCCAAGCUGAACUGGCUUCACUUGGAGAUGAUGUCCUCUCCGACCAAGUUUUUGCCUGGAUCACGGAUGCUGAACAUAACAAACCCUUCCUCAAAGGAUCAGGCCGUGAUGUAUUCGGCCAGUGGAAGGGUGAUUUAGUCACUGGUGAAGGGUGGCGUGGUCUUCAGAAUUUUGGUCUGUCCCGAGGAUUUGUCGCCGCUGGAUAUGAUACACCAUAUGGCGCAUUUGCCCGAGCAUACCAAUUCAUGCGCAUACAACUUUGGACGCCAUCGUGUGCCAAUGUCGGCUGCCCUUCCGCUAUGCAGGAUGGUGCUGCUCGACUUCUACAAACACACCUCAGUAACCCAGAACUCGUUACAAAACUCACAGAUGAGCAAAAGAAAGUAUUCGAGAACGCUUUCGAUCAUCUAACUACACGAGAUCCACAGCGCGCCUGGACCAGUGGCCAGUGGAUGACUGAGCGAACAGGGGGCAGUGAUGUGUCGUUGACCGAAACAACAGCAGUGCACAUGCCAACUUCUGAGAUCCAACACGCCUCAAAAGAUGAAGAUAUACCAUUAGGACCAUGGAGUAUUAAUGGCUUCAAGUGGUUUUCGUCAGCAACGGACUCAAGAAUGACUGUCCUCCUUGCUCGAACAUCCCAGGGCGGGCUGUCAACCUUCAUGGCUCCCAUGUACAAACACGAUGCGAGUGCUACCACAGCCACAGGCCUUCCGAAAAGCAACGGAGAGCAACUUAACGGAGUUCGGAUCCAACGCCUCAAAAACAAGUCAGGCACACAAAGUCUCCCAACCGCUGAACUAGUCCUCCAGGACAUGCGAGCAUGGCUUGUAGGGCGAGAGGGUCGCGGUAUCCAAGAAAUCGCCACAAUUUUGACCUUGACUCGAGUUCACUCUUCGGUUGCUGCUGUGGGUUAUCUAGGACGAGGGCUUGCCAUUGCAAGAGCGUAUGCCCAAGUUCGUGAGGUUGGUGGUGGAAAGGGAACUCGAAUGAAGCUCACAGAGAGUUCAUUACACAUGAGAACCCUUUCAAAGAUAUCUUCCGAGUACCGUGGCCUGAUGCUUCUUACCAUCUUUACGUCAUAUGUCCUUGGCGUUUCGGAGCAUGACACAGCGUCAGACGCAAAUAUCUCGCCUGCGCUAGAGGCACUGACACCUUCUGCACAACAUGCUGCGCCAUUGAUUCGGGUCCUUACUCAGCUCACAAAAGCUUACGUUUGCAAAGCAUCGGCACAGCUACUUUUCUCUUGUAUGGAGGCGCUCGGUGGUGUUGGGUACCUUGCCAAUGAAGAGCAAGAGUACCUCAAUGUCGCCCGCCUCCAUCGUGAUUGUGCUGUACUGCCUAUCUGGGAGGGCACUACAGAUGUUUUGAGCACUGACUUCUUGAGGGCUAUUAAGCAUCCAAAGGCUGGCCAGGACACUCUGAACGCCCUUGAAGACUCUAUUAAGAAAGGUAUAGCAUUUCAAGGAAAUGUAUCUUGGCCUGAAGGCUUGAACCCUUUGGACGUUUGGAAGAGCCUGAGGCAGCGUAUUGAACGAGAAUCGUUGGCAGACUUAAUGGGAGAUGCUAGGGAAGUUCUCUGGGCUGUAGCAGAUUUACUGGUGUCUGUUCUGCUCUAUGUCGACGCUGGCAGUGACGGUGAUCAAGUAUCGCUGGACAUCUUCCAUCGAUUCUUGGAAGGGAGGAAUGUCACUACGAAGCGAGAAAAGGUCCCAGCUCGAGAACAGCUUGCGAAGGACUUCGCAGUUGUGUAUGGAGGCGCUAGAAACGAGGUCUUUGCCAAACUUUGA